AUGGCCGCCCCAGCUGAUAAAUCCGAAGAUCCUUGGAACGAAAAGACCAAGGAAAACAAAAGCCGGAGCGAGUGGCUUGACCCUUGCCAGGAGGCUGCAUCCAGGAGCAUCCGCUGCCUUAACAGAAACGGGGGAGACAAGGCUAUGUGUCAGGAGUACUUUCAGGCGUACAGGGAUUGCAAGAAGGAAUGGGUG